UUUCCUCCACAACAAAAUGGACUGGACUGAAGACAGCACCAGUCACAGCCACAUGGGCGACAGCUGUCAUCAUGGUCAUGGUGGUCACUCCCACAGUCACGGGCCGAGAGCGGCGGCGUUCGGGGGCAUGGGGCUCGGCUUCAUGCCCGCCUUUCACGGACAGUUUGGGAAAAGCUCCGACCAGAUAAUGGACCCUUGUCAGCAGCCGAAGAAACGCUCACACAUGGACGACAGCAGCAGCUGGGACAUCAUCAAGGCAACGCAGUUUGGAAUCUUGGAACGAUGUAAGGAAUUGGUUGAAGCAGGAUACGAUGUCAGACAACCGGACAAAGAAAACGUCACAUUACUGCACUGGGCGGCCAUUAACAACCGAGCAGAGCUGGUCAAGUAUUAUAUUUCUAAAGGAGCGAUCGUCGACCAGCUCGGAGGAGACCUGAACUCCACUCCACUCCACUGGGCCAUAAGGCAGGGCCACCUCCCCAUGGUGAUCCAGCUGAUGAGGUACGGUGCAGAUCCCUCCAUAGCAGAUGGAGAAGGUUACCGCGCUCUCCACCUCGCCAUCCUCUUCCAACACAUGGCCAUCGCAGCUUAUCUGAUGGCGAAGGGACAGGAAGUAGAUGCACCCGACUGCAAUGGACAGACACCACUAAUGUUAGCAGCCCAGAAGAUAAUUGGGCCUGAACCCACUAACUUUCUAAUCAAAAAUAAUGCGUCUGUGAGCGCCGUAGACAAAGUGAACAGGAACACUCCGCUGCACUGUGCUGUACUGGCAGGAAACAUCGACUCUGCCCACAUCCUGCUGGAGGCCGGUGCCAGUGUGGACACAGAAAACAUCAACGGCCACACCCCCAUUGACCUGGCUCACCAGGUCCACAGUCCACUCCUCAUCCACAUGCUGAACCAUAUCAAACAGGAGAGGAUUCGUUCCAACUCCCACUGCCUGAGAAUCGUCAACAGAUACAUGACCUUUCUGCAGGUCAUCAUCUGCACCGCCUUGUUUGGGAGCGUAGGAGCGAUCGUAGACAUGAACUCAGAAUCGUGGUUACUUAAAGGCAUCCUAUUGGCCUGUGUGAUCGGAGUCGUCAACCUCGCCUCAAGGAAUUUCCCGAGUCCGGUCUUUCAGACUCUCCUCCCGGCCUCGGCUCUGAUGGCCUCCAUCUUCUGGAUGCUCGUCACCUGGUUCCUCUGGUUCCUGCCUGAUGGCCCCAGUGCCACUGUCCAGGUUCUGUUCACCCUGAACACCACGGCUCUGCUGUACUACUACCUCCGGUCCUGCAGAACCGACCCAGGCUUCGUUAAAGCCACUGAGGAGGAGAAGAAGAUGAAUGUGUUGGUUUUGGCUGAAGCCGGUUGUCUGGACCCCAGAAUAUUCUGCACCUCCUGCAUGAUAAAGAAACCCAUGAGAACCUACCACUGCUUCAGCUGUGACGCCUGUGUGGCGAAGUACGACCACCACUCCGUCUGGAUCAAUGGAUGCAUCGGUGCGAGGAACCAUCACUUCUUCAUCCUCUUCCUCAUCUCCUUCAUGCUGAUGGGAGCCUGGAUGUUUUACGGUUCUAUUAUAUACUGGUCCACUCACUGUGAGUUUCAUUAUGCGGAUCAGGGCCUGUGGGGCGUGGUCUCGGCUCUGGUCAGCUGUUCUCCCUGGGUGCUCGCCGUCUUCCUGCUGACCUUCUACCACACCUGCUGGUCUGGGUUGACCCUGGUGGUGCAGCUUUACCAGAUUUCCUUCGUGGGUCUCACCACAGCGGAGAUAACCAGUCUAUCAGCCCAUCAGAGGAAGAUGCGUCAGACAGUGUCUUUGAGGCAAAAUCAGUACAAUCUUGGCGUGGUCAGGAACCUGGUGUCCUUCUUCCACCUUCGUUGUUGCGGUCUCUUCAAACCCGCCAUCAUCGACUGGACGCAGCAGUUUCCUCCAGGCCGUGACGCGUUCGGACACCCCGACAUGGUGUGACCGCCGCCGCUCCUCGCUCAGGCUUUUCCUCGGUUCAGCGGACCAAAAGCACAAAGUGUAUUUAUUUAUUUUUUUAGCGCCUGGGUCCUUGUGAAGGGAAAAGAAGAAACCAGUAAAAAUAAUUUUUAAAAAAACCCUCCCAGAAUUGGGUGUAGAUGCGUUUGGAUCCGGCUGCUGUUCGAUUGCUGCUGCCUUAUACUUGACCACAAGAACUGAGAUGAAAACUCACCUGUCAAUUUAUAGAACCUUAAAGGCCUAAAUUUAACUGAAGUUUUGAUUGUUUUAUAUGAGUCAAGCCUAUUUUUAACAUCGGUUCUUGAGGGAAAAGGGAUCUUUGUACAUGCACAGUUGGUUUUAUGACUUUUGUAAGAGUUGCAUGCGUUUAAUAAUGAAUGACCACUAUACUUAAAUAAAACUAUGUUGUGCCUGUGCCUUAAAA